AUGAGGGGAAUCAUCCUAGCACUAGUGCUCGCACUAGCGGGAAAACACAGCUAACCUAGGUUCAGCCAGAAUAAAGUAACCCUGUAUGACUAUGAGACCUACACCAUGAUCGGACUUCCUGAAAAUGACUUUGGCCGAACUGGAAUUAACUUAUUCGCUAAGCUGGAGAUCAGGCCCCAUGGUCAAAGGACAUACCAAAUGAAGGCUGUGUCUAUUAACGUAAAAGAGGUUACAGGUGCGUGGCCCAAAGAUCCAUUCACUCGCGCCUCUAAGCUGAGCCAGACUAUGUCUGACCAGUUUGUGAAACCCAUCAAGUUUGAGUAUCACAACGGACGCAUUGGAAACAUCUUUGCCCCUAGCGAUGUGUCAGAGACUGUUCUCAACAUGCAUAAAGGAAUUCUCAGCAUGUUCAAUGCCAACAUCAAAAAGUCCCAGAAUGUGUAUGACCUGCAAGAGUCCAGCGUUGGGGGUGUCUGCCACACCAGAUACGUGAUCCCAGAGCAGAAGCAGGGAGACCAGCUGCUUGUUGUAAAAUCCAUAGACUUCAACAACUGCCAAGACAAAGUAUCCAAGAACGUUGGAAUGGCUUUCAUGGAUCAUUGCGAACCUUGCCAAAGGAUGCACAGAAAUGUACGUAAUACUGCAACAUCCACCAUCAAGUUGAAAAACAACAUCAUCCAGGAGGUCGUCUUAGAACAGAUCAUAUACUAUACUCCAUUACAGGAACGUAAUGGUGGUGCCGUAAUGGAAGCUAAGCAAGUCCUGACCUGGGCUGGAACCAGAAGCAGCCAAUCAAACCCCCCUCAGAUUCAGUUCCAGAACCGCGGAAAUCUCCACUACAACUUUGGUGAUGAAAUAUACCAGAUUCCAUUUGUUCUUCUAAAGACUAAAAGCCUUGAAGCUCAGAUUGAGCAAACUAUACAACACAUGGUACAAUACAACCAGGGGGAGAUGCACCAUGAUGUCUCAGUGAAAUUCAUGCAACUAGUUCAGCUGUUGCGCCAUGCUUCUCCCGAGAUUCUGCAUACCGUAUGGAAGCAAUUUGCGCAAAAAUCAAGACACAGAACUUGGUUCCUGCAAGGUCUUCGCAUGGCCGGAACUGCAGACAACUUGAAGUUUGCUCAGCAAAUCUUUCACAGUGGGGAACUCACCGAUAUAGAAGCAGCUGUAUUGAUUCCCAUUGCAAUGCAUGUUACUAGAGGCAGCCAGCGGGCUUGGCAGAUCUCCAAAGAACUAAUCCAAGACCCCAAAAUCCAGAAAAACCCAACAUUGUACAAACACACAGUCCUGGCCUAUGGCUCAAUGGUCAAAAAAUACUGUCUUCACCUGUCCACUUGCCCCGAGUCUGCUCUGGAGCCCCUUCAUGAUUUGGCUGCUGAUGCCCUCAGCAAGGUCCAUGAAGAGGACAUGACUUUGGCUCUGAAAGCUCUUGGUAAUGCCGGUCAGCUCCAAAGCCUCAAACGUAUCCUAAAGUUCUUGCCAGGCUUUUCUUCCAGCGCUGCUCAGCUUCCAAUCAGGGUCAAGGUUGAUGCAGUCAUGGCUUUAAGGAACCUCGCCAGAUGGGAUCCACGUAAAGUGCAAGAAGUUCUUAUGCAAGUCUACAUGGAUCGCGAGGUUCACACUGAAGUGAGGAUGAUGGCUUGUUUGGCCUUAUUCGAGACCAAACCCGGCCCUGCUAUGGUCACCAACAUUGCCAAUGUGGCUGUCAGAGCAAGCAAAGUUAACCUACAGCUUGCCAGCUUCGUCUAUUCUCAAAUGAAAGCCUUGGCCAAGAGCAGCGUUCCCCAACUAGAACCUCUGGCUGCUGCUUGCAAUAUCGCCCUGAAGCUCUUCAAUCCAAACAUUGAUAAUCUGGGAUGGCGUUUCAGCAAAGUCAUUCGUAUGGACACAUUCAAAUAUUCUCUCAUGUCUGGAGCUGCUGCAAAGGUCUACAUCAUGAACAGUCCAAAUACUCUGUCCCCUGUAUUUGUGCUUGGAAAAAUGCGGGCUUACAUUGGCGGUUCAGAGGUUGAUGUAGUAGAGGUUGGUGUAAGAGCUGAAGGACUUACUCAGCUCCUGAGACGGCAAGAUGUUCAAUUUGGUGAAUUGCCAAUGCGUAAGAAGAUCAGCCAGAUUGUGAAGUUGUUAAAGGGAUUCAAAGCACAACCUUCCCAGAGCCCAUUGUUCUCUAUGUACAUCAAGGUCUUUGGUCAGGAGAUGUCAUUCAGUAAUCUCAACAAAGCCACCAUCCAGUCUAUAACUCGGGCACUGAACGAGCCAGCAGAAAGGCACGCUACCAUCAAGAACAUCAUCAACAAGCUUUUGAAUGGCUUGAUGGGCCAGUUCGCCCGUGCAAUAGUGGCUGUGGAGGCCCGCCACAUCACACCCACCACUGUUGGUUUGCCAAUGGAGAUCAGCUGGUAUACCACUGCUGUGGGAAAUGCCCCAGUCAACAUUGGUGUUAAGAUGACCCCAUCCUACUCACCAGAUGUUAGCGUCGCUCAGCUGCUAGAGUCCCAGGUACAGAUCAAUGCAGACAUCAAUCCAAGUGCAUUAGUUCAUGUGAUAGCCACCAUGGGAAUAAACACGCCAUUGUUCCAGCAUGGUUUGGAGUUCCAUGGCAAAGCCCUUGUGAACAUCCCGGCAAAAAUAAAUGCUUUUGCAAACUUAAAGGAAAAUAAUAUUAAGAUUGAAUCACAGCCAUGCCAGCAAGAAACUGAUCUUAUUUAUAUAAGUGCCCAAACAUUUGCUGUCUCAAGAAAUGUUGAAGACUUGGAUGCAGUUAGGAAGACAGAGCUCGUGCCAAAAUCAGCCAGCCAGGACAUUCUGAAGAAGCGCUUCGAAUCAACAGAGAGGACAUCUGCUGAAGGAGCUAGCAUGAUGGAAGCUUCAUCGGAGGUUGGAAACAAGAAAUAUCUGGGUCUUGCCAGUGUGCACUACAAUGCACUACCUACACGCUACCACCGCUGUAUGAAAAUUCCCAUACUCCCAAUCCAAAUGUGCAUCAACCGCCGGUCUAAAAAUGCAGCCGGCCGGAGACAUUCCUUGUUCUAUGAAGUGGUGGGCAGUCAUGAGAUUAAGUUCACAAUGAAACCAGCACACACAGAUGCCACUAUUGAGAAAAUCCAGGUUGAGAUCACUGCUGGAUCCAAAGCAGCUUCCAAAGUAAUUGCCCUAUUUGAUGUAACGGAGCAUGAGGCUGAGCAGAUCGAGCAAUCUGAGAUACAUAACAAGCUGAAGGUUAUCCUUGGAUUAAAAGAUGUUACUGCCACCAAUAUAACCCUAUCCCAAAAGAAGAAUUCAAAACGCUCCAAAAAACAACAAGGUCACAAACAGAUUGCAGCAGAAGACGACGACACAAAACUUGUCCGUAAACAAACACCUCAGUCUUCAAGUUCUUCAUCCUCUUCUUCUUCUUCUUCUUCUUCUUCUUCCUCCAAGAGUCCAAGCAGCAGCAGUAGUAGUAGUAGCAGCAGGCGGACCCACAGGAACAAACCAGCACAGGACCAGCAGCAAAGGGGUCCCAAUAAGAGAGCCAGCUCCAGCAGUAGCAGCUCAAGCAGUAGCAGCAGCUCACGUAGUAGUAGCAGCUCAAGUAGCAGCAGCAACUCAAGCAACAGAAAGGCUGUAAAACCUAAAUCAAGCAGCAGCAGCAGUAGCAGCAGCAGUAGUAGUAGUAGCAGCAGCAGUAGCAGCAGCAGCUCCAGAAGAAACAGCAAGAACAGACAACAAAAUGACCAGCAAAAACAUCUCCCUGGCAAGCAGAGCAGCAGCAGCAGUAGCAGCGGCAUCGGCAGCAGCAGUAGCAGCAGCAGCAGCAGCAGUAGCAGCCAACAUGGAAAGAGACAAAGAAACUUUUACAACCUUCGCUUCAAGCCAGUCAGAGGGCAAACGGCCAGCAAACAACAAUCAUCUUCUUCAUCCUCAAGCUCUUCAUCGUCUAGUUCCAUCAGUGCACCACACAAGGGCAAAUUUAUGGGAGACAGCAAUCCUCCAGCACUGGUUGUGACUGUGAGGGCUAUCAGAAAUGACAACUCACGCCAAGGAUACCAGCUGAUUGUCUAUGCAGACUAUUCUAAUGCCAAACCCCGCCUGCAGGCCUUCAUUGUAGACUUCACCAAGGCAAGCAGAUGGAGAGCUUGCCUUAACACUGAAAUGAUGAAUGCUCAUGAAGCUGAGGCCAGUUUGAAGUGGGGACAGAACUGUCAAGAUUACAAGAUCAUUGCAAAAGCUCAAACUGGUCAUUUGGGAAAUCAGCCAGCUCUGAAAGUGACUGUUGCCUGGCCCAAGGCUCCAUCCAAGCUGAAGUCUGCUGCUGGAUACAUGGCUGACUAUAUCCCAGGAGCUGCUUACAUGUUAGGAUUCUCUGAGAAGUACAAGAAGAACGCUCAGCAUCAAGUCAAAGCCAUUCUGGCCCUCAGCUCUCCACGCACUCUUGAUGCUCUUGUCCAGCUUCCAAGGAUGACCCUGUACUACACUGCUAUCAGACUCCCACUGCCAAUUGCAGCCCGACACAUUUCACAGAGCGAGGUCCUACAGGCCCCAACAUGGAACAUUUUUGCUGAAGCACCCCAGAUCCUUAAGGAGUCUUUGCAAGGAGAAUGUACGGUGUCCGAAAACCAAAUCACAACCUUCAAUGGAGUGAACCUGGCUCAGGAACUGCCUGAGAGCUGCUACCACAUCAUGGCCCAAGACUGCAGUGAUGAGCUAAAGUUCAUGGUGAUGGCGAAGAAAUCCAAGGAUCACCCUAAAAGGAAAGACAUUAACAUCAAACUUGGCCACUAUGACAUUAACAUGUCCAGGAAGUCUGGUUCUCCAGAAAUGACCAUCAAUAACAACAUUAUUACUAUGGAGCAGCUCCCAUACAAAUCCUUUGGUGAACCAACAGUGGAAAUUUAUAGGACGGAAACAGGUUUAUCCCUGAUAGCACCAGAGUACGGUAUUGAGAGCCUUCUGUAUGAUGGAGAAAAUGUUCAGAUGAAACCAACUCUUGCCAUGAAAGGCCAGUUAUGUGGUGUAUGCGGCCAUAAUGAUGAUGAGACAUUUCAAGAGUUCCGAAGACCUGAUGGAACUGUUGCCAAGGACGAAACUAGCCAUAUUCAUUCUUGGAUCCUUCCUUCUCAAUCCUGCGCUGAAGGUUGCAACGUUCAGCAGACUCUUGUGAAGCUCGAGAAAGAAAUCUAUGGUGAAAAGUCCAAGUGUUACUCUGUUCAUCCUGUCUUGCGCUGUAUCAAAGAAUGUUCACCAGUCAAAACCGCUCAAGUGACCACUGGUUUCCACUGCUUGCCCUCUGAAUCAUCUCUGGACCUUGCUGAAAGACAGACACACCUAGACAAACCUGAAGAUUUCUCUGAAAUGGUAGAAGUCCACACUGCCUGCUCAUGUACAAAAUGCUCACCUUAAUCUGACAUAACACCAUCACUUUAUUCUUGGAAGAUACUUUAAUUCCCUGUAUAAUCUGUGUAGCCCACAGAGACAUGAUUUUUACUUCAGG